AGCAGAGCGCAAUGAUAAAACUGAAACCGGCGACUUUUCUUAUUUCACUACUUUUUCUUUUUGAAACCGGGUGCACGAAAAAUUGUCUGGAUAAUGAUAUUCACGCAUUAAUUUUGGCAAGAGGAGGAAGCAAAGGCAUUAAGCUGAAAAACCUGGCUGAAGUUGGUGGUUCAUCUCUUUUGGCCCGCACAAUUAUGACCAUCAAAAAUUCGACUUGCUUUCAACAUAUUUGGGUUUCCACAGAUGACAAGAGAAUCGCCAUCGAAGCGCAAAAACAUGGUGCCAUCAUACAUCGUCGUCCUGAGAAAUUCGCCAGAGAUGAUACACCUUCCCUUCACGCGAUUUCAGAGUUUCUAGAUGUUCAUAGGAGCAUUCAAGACUUUGCUCUAUUUCAAUGCACAUCCGUGUUCCUGAGAGCCAAAUACAUUCAAGAGGCAGUUCGGAAGUUCGAGUCACAUGACUGUGUUUUCGCCGCGAAGAGAUCACAUUACUUGCGAUGGAAGGUGGUCGAUGGCGAACUGAUGCCAGCGGAAUUCGACUUGAGUGCCAGGCCAAGACGCCAAGAUUGGCAGGGCGAUAUAGUGGAAACAGGAAUGUUUUAUUUCUCGAGGAGGAAAUUGGUGAACAGUGGGUUACUACAAAAUAGUAGGUGCUCCAUUGUGGAAAUCGAUGCCAAGGACAGUUUGGAAAUUGACUCAGGCCAUGAUCUGACUCUGGCCAAGUACAUUUUAAGUAGUGAAACAAAAACGGAAUUAUAGAAAUAUAUAUUGCAAACUCGAAA